AUGGCGAUCUCCUUCCUCUCCACAUUCAAGCCCAUCGCCUUCUUUCCCACCCAAAAAUCGUCCCCGACGCCGCCGCUCUCCCGCUGCAAUCUCUCCCUCCCCACCGUCACCAUCACCGAGCCCGAACCCGUCUUCACUUCCGUCAAGACCUUCGCCCCCGCCACCGUCGCCAACCUCGGCCCGGGCUUCGAUUUCCUAGGCUGCGCCGUCGAUGGCCUGGGCGACCACGUCUCCGUCACCGUCGACCCUUCCGUCCACCCGGGAGAGAUCUCCAUCACCGAGAUUUACGGCACCCACGCCUCCUCCAAGCUGUCCAAAAACCCUAUCUGGAACUGCGCCGGGAUCGCAGCGAUUGCCGCCAUGAAAAUGCUCAACAUCCGUUCCGUUGGCCUCUCUCUAUCCCUCGAGAAGGGCCUCCCCUUGGGGAGCGGCCUCGGAUCCAGCGCAGCCAGCGCCGCAGCCGCCGCCGUGGCAGUGAACGAGCUGUUCGGCGGGAAGCUGGAUUCGAGGGAAUUGGUCCUGGCGGGGCUCGAAUCGGAGGCUAAAGUGUCCGGGUACCACGCGGACAACAUCGCCCCGGCGAUAAUGGGAGGGUUCGUGUUGAUCCGGAGCUACGAUCCGCUCGAAUUGAUGAGGCUGGAGUUCCCGGCGGACAAGGAAUUGCUUUUCGUGCUGGUGAGCCCCGAAUUCGAGGCGCCGACGAAGAAGAUGAGGGCGGCGCUGCCAUUGGAGAUCGCGAUGCCGCACCACGUGUGGAAUUGCAGCCAGGCGGGAGCGCUGGUGGCGUCGAUUUUGGGAGGGGAUCUGGCCGGGCUGGGGAAGGCUCUGUCGUCGGACAAGAUCGUGGAGCCGAAGAGGGCUCCCCUGAUUCCGGGGAUGGAAGCUGUGAAGAAGGCGGCUUUGGAGGCUGGGGCGUUCGGGUGUACGAUCAGCGGUGCAGGGCCGACGGCGGUGGCGGUGGUAGAUGGGGAAGAAAGAGGGGAAGAGGUCGGGAAGAGUAUGGUGGAGGCUUUCCGGAGAGAAGGGAACUUGGAAUCAGUUGCUAUGGUAAAGCGGCUGGACAGGGUAGGUGCCAGGGUUGUGAGUAGCGUGCCAAAAUGA